AUGGCGGAUCUGCCUGAACCGAAGGUUAGUCAAUCCGCUGCCUUUUCUCAUACCGGAGUCGAUUUCUUCGGUCCUAUUAAUAUCAAAGAGAAGGCUCACAAAAAUAGGUCUUUUCUCAAAGCCUAUGGCUGUGUUUUUAUCUGUUUAGCCUCCAAAGCAGUGCAUAUUGAACUGGCGACCGAUCUUUCCACACCCGGAUUCUUAUCCACAUUUCGCAGGUUCAUCGCUCGAAGAGGGUUACCGGCUCAUGUCUAUUCCAACAACAGAAGCAAUUUCGUAGGAGCUUGUAAGGAGUUGAAUGACAUCUUCAAAUUCUUCAAUUCAGAAGAUACUCAAAGGAGUCUGACAGAGUACGCCAUCUCCAAAAGGAUUGAAUGGCAUUUCAAUCCUCCUCUAUCUCCUCAUUUCGGAGAUCCAAACGAUCCUCUAGCUAUAACACCAGCUCACCUACUUAUAGGUAGACCUUUAAAUGCUUUGCCUGAAGAAUCGUUACUUUCAGUUCCAGAUAAUCGACUCUCCACGUACAAGUUUCUGUCCAAGGCUCGACAGAACUUCUGGAAUAAAUGGCAUCAAGAAUAUCUACAUGAACUACAGGUUCGACAGAAGUGGAACCAAUCCACCUCAGAGCUAAAACCCGGUGUCGUAGUCCUACUCAUCGAGGACAACGUCCCUUGCGGAAAAUGGCCAUUAGGUGUCAUCCUCGAGGUGUUCCCUGGAAGCGACCACAUCGCCCGAGUUGCAUCAGUCAAGACUGCUUCGGGCACAUACAAAAGGAAUAUCACUCGACUUUGUAUUCUACCUAUUCUUUAA